AAAAGAGAGGACAUUUUGGUAAAACGCACUAUUCGUUGAGAAAUCGAUUGUUCGAAAGGAAACUGUUUUUGAAAACGCUGCUGCCCCCGACUGUGCCACUCUAUCUCUGCAACUUUUGAUUUUUGAAUUUUGUUUUCAGAAAGAAAAAAAAAUCGGGGAAGAAGGAGGAUGUACGACCCGCAGCACUUCCUGGAAUCGCAAGACAAUUCGAGGACUUUCGGGGACCCGAAAUCCUGGCUUUCCGGGGAUGCCAACUCGUCCCCGACUCACCGCCCUACUCAGUCCUCACUGGCUCACUCCUCCACCGCCACCAACAGCAAUCUCGAUCGCGUCCUCUUCAAAGACCUCGUCGAGAUCGUGCCUCUCGUCCAGUCCCUCAUCGAUCGGAAAGCUAGCAAUUCGUUUACGCGGCGGGGUUCGGUGGCGUACACCAAGACACCUUCAAGAGAAUCCUUAUCCAAAAAAGUUGAACAAAAAGGGAGGAAUGCGGCUCAAUCCAUUCCUGCAAGAAAGAAGGAUCAUGGUGACAAGGACUCAAGCAAAAAUGCUGGCAGCCUUGAUGCUGACAGCUUUUCAAGUUUUUCCUCGAGGGCUUCGGCAGUGGAAAAAGAAGAGUUGGAUACAUUAAGGGUACAGGUGGAAGAUUUACAAAAGAAAGUAGCAGAGAAGGAGGAACUUUUAAAGUCAUCGGAGAUCUCAAAGGACCAAAUGAAUGCAGUUCAAGCAAAACUGAAUGAAUAUAAGCAACAAGUUUCGGAAAAAGAUGCAGUAAUAAAGGCUGUUAAGCAACAACUCUCUGAUGCAAAGAUUAAGCUUGCAGACAAGCAAGCUGCUUUGGAAAAGUUACAGUGGGAAGUGAUGACAUCCAACAGGAAAGUGGAGAAGCUCCAAGGAGAGCAAGUCUUGAAAGGACAGAUGUCAUCAUUUAUGCUCCUAUUUGAAAGCUUGAUGAAAGCUGAUCCCGUUGUAUACGGUGAAGAUUAUGAUAUUUCAACGAAUACUGUGGAUCAUCUUCCUCACAUUGAUGAUUUGGAUGAGGCACAUAUGAAGAAAAUGGAAGAAGCUAGAAGAGCAUACGUCGCUGCUGUUGCCGCUGCAAAAGAAAAGCAAGACGAAGAAUCUAUUGCCGCUGCAGGCAGUGCAAGGUUACAUCUUCAGUCAUUUGUUCUCACAUGAUUUAGGUUUAGCGCCGCUAGGUAUUGACCGGCUUUGCGUUGCGGUGAGUCUGCUUGAAUUAUUGUUUAUUGUUGUAUAUUUUUGUUUUAUUUCUUCCCUUUUGCUGGGUUAUGUGAAAUGUGAGUCUUUCUUUUCUUGUUUAUCUAGUUUUCGGGAUGAUAUACGUGAUUUUUGUUGAUAAUCGUACGUGAUUUCUCCCUCGAUCAAA